GCCAUAAAAGAGACCAAUACUAGAUGCAAGUCUACAUUUCUGCAUGUAAAAUGUUGAAUCCAGUGGAACGAUAUGACACAAACCUUGUUUUUCAUGGUUUGGUGUUAAUAAUUACUCUAAUGAAUAAACUGCUGAAUCUGCCAAUUGUCACAGCUGGCCAAAGUUCUCACUUUACACUGACCCCCGCCUAUCUGCUGCCUAUGCAUCGGUCUGCGACAGCGUUUCUGUAUGUGUGUGUUUAAAGGCAUUAAGAUUUAUAAAAGACGCACAGAUAAACUAAAGGCAGGUUGCCCAUCAUAGGAAGGUAAUAAAAUCUACAGGUCAAACAAAGCAGCUUCAGGUACAAGUGGAGUCAUGGAAGAUCCUUCGUCCGACAAAGUGACCAUCAACAACCCAGCAGACAUCACCAUCAUCGUUGGAUAUUUCAUCAUGGUCAUUGGUGUCGGCAUUUGGUCCAUGUUUCGAAUCAAUCGCGGGACGGUUGGAGGAUAUUUCCUGGCAGGGCGCACCAUGACCUGGUGGCCGGUUGGUGCGUCUCUGUUUGCCAGCAACAUUGGUAGUGGUCACUUUGUGGGCUUGGCAGGCACUGGGGCAGCCAGUGGCAUCGCUGUGGGGGGAUUUGAGUGGAAUGCUCUGUUCAUCGUGCUGCUGCUCGGCUGGUUGUUUGUACCGGUCUACCUCACGGCUGGGGUGAUCACGAUGCCCCAGUACCUGAAGAAGAGGUUUGGGGGGACCAGGAUCAGCCUCUACCUCUCCGUUAUCUCUCUGUUCCUCUACAUUUUCACCAAGAUCUCGGUGGACAUGUUUUCAGGAGCAGUGUUUAUCCAGCAGGCAUUAGGGUGGAACAUCUACGUUGCCGUCGUCACCCUUCUGUUAAUUACAGCCUUGUACACUGUCACAGGUGGCCUGGCUGCUCUGAUGUACACUGACACAUUUCAGACAUUCGUCAUCAUCGCUGGGGCCUUCGUCCUCACCGGUUUCUCUUUUGCUGAAGUAGGAGGCUACAACGCUCUGCUGGCCAAAUACAGCUCAGCUAUGCCAAGUUAUUUCUCCUCCAUGGAUCCCCAGCGCUACAACAUCUCCACCGAGUGCUACACCCCCAGACAGGAUGCCUUCAGCCUGCUGAGGGACCCCACCACCGGGGACCUGCCCUGGCCUGGAGUGGUGUUUGGAAUCGCUAUAGUGGGAGGCUGGUACUGGUGUACAGACCAGGUGAUAGUCCAGCGGUGCCUUGCAGCUCGUAAUCUGACCCAUGUGAAGGCCGGCUGCAUCAUGUGUGGCUACCUGAAACUGCUGCCGAUGUUCCUCAUGGUGUUCCCCGGCAUGAUCAGCAGGGUCCUCUACCCAGAUGAGGUUGGCUGUGUUGUCCCUGAGGUGUGUAAGAGGGUGUGUGGGACUGAGGUGGGCUGCUCCAACAUUGCCUAUCCAAAGCUGGUGGUGUCAAUCAUGCCGAAUGGUUUGCGAGGUCUGAUGCUGGCUGUGAUGCUGGCUGCUCUCAUGUCCUCUUUGGCCUCCAUCUUUAACAGCAGCAGCACUCUGUUCACCAUAGACAUCUGGACUCGCAUCAGACCACGGGCCACCGAGCGCGAGCUCAUUAUUGUAGGCAGAGUCUGGGUCCUGUGCAUCGUAGCCAUCAGUAUCUGUUGGAUCCCAGUUGUCCAGGCGGCUCAAAGCGGUCAGCUGUUUGAUUACAUCCAGUCAAUCUCAAGCUAUCUGGCUCCACCCAUCGCCUCCGUCUUCCUCCUGGCUGUGUUUGUUAAGCGGGUCAAUGAAACGGGUGCGUUCUGGGGCCUGAUAGGCGGCCUGGUGAUGGGUCUGUGUCGGAUGUUGCCUGAGUUCUGGUUCGGUACUGGCAGCUGUAUUUUCCCCUCCAGCUGCCCUUUCUUGGUGUGUGGGGUCCAUUACCUCCACUUUGGAAUCAUACUUUUCUUCUGUACAUCAGUGCUGGUGCUGGUGGUUAGCUACUGCACCCAGCCAAUAGAGGAUGAACAUCUCCAUCGUCUGGUGUUCAGCCUGCGUCACUCCAAAGAGGAGAGGAAGGACCUGGACUGGGAGCAGGAGGAGAAAGGGAGAAGAGGCUGUAGACAGCCUGAGGAGAGGGCGAGGGAGAAUGACGACAGUGACGCAGUGGCUGAAGAGGCAGAAAAGUCUGGCUCCAAGGCCUACGAGCGAGGAACGCCUGAGGCAUCAGAGACGCUGCCUGACAUCAGCGAGGCCCCGGUGUGGAAGAACACUGUGGAUGCUAAUGCUCUCAUUAUGAUGGCUGUAGCAGUUUUUAUGUGGGGUUACUACGCCUAACUGUCCUGUUGAUUCUAGUUGAAAGUGGAUGUUAAAAUGUGAGUUGGGUAUCUUGAUGUGACUACGUUUAAUCACUUAGUUGGGUCGACCCUCACAGGACUCCAAGAUAAAUACAAGUGCUGCCAUCUGUUGGUGAAUACUUGUCACUGCACUGUAAAUCAUGUUAUAGCAAUUAAAAAAAAGGUUGAGAAGAGGCAGUCAUGCAACUAAACUGCCAGCAGUCUCACUUCUCUGCAGAGUACAAGAGGUUGUGAUCCUUCGCUGCAUUUCUCCAGUUUUAAGGAGUAUGUGUAAUGCAGUUUAGAAAUAUUUUAUCACGUUAGAAUGCCAUUACUGUAUACUGUUACAUGUUGAUUCAACCACAACUCAAUCUGUACCUGCUUCCAGCACUGAAACCAGAGUGUGAGAAGAAAAAAAAUAUAAUUUGGAAGCCAGGUAAAAACUCAAUUAAGCCUCAAGUUUUUUUUUUUUUUUUUAACCUUCUUUUAAACUUUGGCUCAAAAACUCAAUGAACAGGGUGAACUUCAGUCAGCACACAUCCAGCAUUAGCUAUGAUACUAAAGAGCAAUGAAUGUCAAACACUAAUAUUACUCAAUACUAAGGAGGUCAUGUUGUAGGGGGCUAAAGUGAAUUUCUAGUCAAUGCAGUCUCUGAUUUGUAUUUACUUGUACUUUGUCAUUUAAUCAGGGACGAGAUAUCAUCAGUGUGGACAAAUAAAAAAAUAUAUAA